AUGAGAGUGGAGUAAUGACUGACUUCUGCUUUUCAGGCCUUAAGUACCUCAACCCUGGUGAAGACAGACACUACAGAACUGACCCUGAGCUGAGCAGCCUGCAGAGAAGAGAGAGAGUUGAUUUAUCUAUUUAUUGAACUUUUAUUGUACCAUUUGAGUCUCUGACAUUUAGGGUAAAGAUGGUGACCUGUGGAACUCUGAAGAUCUGGACAUUAGCCGUCGUCAUAGCAGCACUGUGCUGUACUGGGACAGUAGAUGGAGAAAAGCUGGUGUCGUGCUGUAAGACAGUGUCUAGGACAGAGGUGACCGAUCCCAUCACAGGCUACUGGAUUCAGAACUAUAACGCUCCUUGUGUACGGGCCGUCAUCUUUGAGACGGAGAAGGGUCUGUUCUGUAGUUACCAUAGACAACCCUGGGUACGCCGCAAGAUUCAGCAGUUUGAAAUGGCCCGUCUGAGCUCAACAUUUCUCUCCUCUCCAACCUCUCUCACCUCCACCUCCACCCCUACCACAACCUCCUUACCCUCCUCUCCACCCUCCAUCAACUCCUCUCCUCCCUCUCUCACUUCCACUCCUACCUUCUUACCCUCCUCUCCUCUUUCUGUUUUCUCCUCUCUUUUCCCUCUUUCCUCCUCUUCUGCAUCCGUACCUUCCUCUCCUCCCUCUCUCUCCUCCUCUCCUUCCUAUCUCCUCUCCUCUCUUUUCCCUGCCUCCUCCUCUCCUCCCUCUAUCUCUUCCUCUCCUCCCUCUCUCUCCUCCUCCCGUCAUCGGGAAUCGACCAAGAAUGCCUCAACUCAACAGUCAACAUCCAACCAGUAGAAUCACUGCCAAGCUGAAGCUCCUCUGAUGUUCCACUUUUUCAUAUCUAUAAAGCAGACAUUCAAUAUGCAUAUUACAUUCAUAUUGAAUAUCUUAUUCAUAUUGAUGUUUUUCAUAGUCUGAUUAUCUAGUUAUACUUGAACUCAGUUGCCAUAAUCAUGUUCAAUGGGUUGUUCGAGUUAUUUAUGAAUUAUAUUUAAGACCAGUAUCGUAUGUGUUCAUUUUUUUAAUUUAUUCAAGUACUUAUGGGGACUUGUAGUACCUUUUUGAUGUUUAGAUGAAUAGGUUCCUAUUUGGCUGUUUGUAAUUCAUCAUGUCAAUGAGUUAUCAAUGUUAUUUAAUAAAUGUAUUUAUUUAUUAAGUACUUAUACA